GAUUCGAAAUUUCCAAGUAAGAUUUUGAGAAGCGUGAAGUUAGGGUGCACGACUACUGGGUCCUUUCCCCUAAAUCCAGAGUGCUCGGAGUGCGUGUACACCGUCCCGUACAGUACUUCUGACAGGAUAUUUGCUCUAACUUUAGGCGUUCUCAGUGAGAAUCCAAAUGAUGGCAACGAAAUCUGCGCUUGAAAAGCCCAUUUGUGGCAGCAGCCUGCGCGCGCAGAGUUUCAGAAAUCUGUGCGCAUUAGUUAAUGCUGUACGAUCAUGGCUAUCACCUCCAAUGACAAUAGUGCUCAUUGCUCACGGCAACGAAAUCUGCGCUUGAAAAGCCCAUUUGUGGCAGCAGCCUGCGCGCGCAGAGUUUCAGAAAUCUGUGCGCAUUAGUUAAUGCUGUACGAUCAUGGCUAUCACCUCCAAUGACAAUAGUGCUCAUUGCUCUUCGCUUUAAUUUGAAUUUGAACAAUGCCUGCAACUUCUUUAAUUCCCUGUCGAAUUUCGCAACUGCCACACACGUGAAAUCAAAAGUACAAAAGUGGAAGGAAUGCCAUUGCACUUCUCACUUCAAAGCAUGCUAAUUGGGUGCAAUGGCCAUGUCUCCAUCUUCAUCGCAAUCGCCACUUCUUGAAAAUGGAUUUUUCCAAUUUGUUGAUUCUUUUGUAUUCUCAAUAUGCCUGCAGAGCCUUUCAUGAAUACUCUUAAGAGCAUAUAGUUUUUUACUGCCCAGGAAUCAGUCUUCUUGACGCAAACUGGAUAUUUGAACAAAAGAAAGCGAAUAUUUUCAUAUGUAGAAGUAGUAUAAAUAAUAGCUAUAUCUACAGCAGAGAACUGUUCUGGUUGUGAAAUGAUAAGUCAUCAUAUACAGACUCUAUAGGAGACUAACUUCCUCAUCCUCAAUUUGUGGUAGCUGUGUAGUAAGUACAAAUGAUGGCUUCAUGCAUUAGCUUUGAGGAAGUGAUUCAAGAAUUGUCAGAUAUUAUAGGCUUAUCUCACAGCGCAGCAGACCCACUAGUGUCUGAAUUCAUCAAGGACUCUUUUACUCUUGCAAUCAAGCCUGCUAUUACUGCGACCAGUAGUGUCUGUGAAUUGCUCGAAUGCCCCAUUUGCACCAUUUUUAUGUAUCCUCCUAUUUACCAGUGUCCAAAUGGGCAUACACUAUGUCUUCCAUGCAAAUCCAGAGUCAAUAACUGGUGCCCUACAUGCCGAAAUGAGCUCGGUAAUAUCAGAUGCUUGGCUCUUGAAAAGGUUGCAGCUUCUCUUGAAUUUCCUUGCGAGUAUCAGAAAUAUGGUUGUCGCGGGAUAUUUCCUUACUAUUGUAAAGUAAAACAUGAAUCAAAAUGUCGUUUCAGGCCAUAUAAAUGUCCGUAUGCAGGUCAUGAAUGUACUGUAUCUGGCAGUGUUCCCUUUCUGGUCGCCCAUUUGAGAGACAAACAUAAAGCAGAUAUGCACUGUGGUAGUGUUUUCAGCCAUGAAUAUGUAAAGUCAAAUCCAAAUCUGGCUGAGAAUGCUACUUGGAAGUUAACGGUUCUCCAUUGUUUUGGGCAAUACUUUUGUCUACAUUUUGAAGAGUUUGAACUUGGACUGGCUCCUGUAUACAUAGCUUUUUUGUGCUUUAUGGGUGACGAUAAUGAAGCCAAGAACUUCAGCUACAGCCUCGAAGUUGGAGCAAAUGGCCGGAAAAUGAUUUGGCAAGGGGUUCCAAGAAGUAUAGUUGAUAGUCAUACCGAAGUCCGUGAUAGUCAUGAUGGGUUGAUUAUUCAGAGAAACAUGGCGCUAUUGUUUUCAGGGGGUGACAAAUUAAAUCUGAGAAUCAGUGGGUGCAUCUGGGAGGAGAAAUGACAGUUGUAAUUCGACUGCAGUGAAUUUUGAGUAGAACAUAUCCUGCCUUGUUUGUCUUCUGAUUAUACUUUAUCUUUGUUCUUGUGUAGACAGUGUGAUAUAUCAAAAUACAAAGUCUCUUUGCUGUAAAGCUCGUAGAAAGUAAGUCUCCAAUAACAGCUGGGAUUACUGUGUCCCAAACACAAGGUAAUACCUAGAAGACAACUCAUGAGUUAAUGCCAUAUAUCGGCAACCAGCUUAUAUGGAAUGCUAUUCCAAUCUGUUAGUCAUUUUGGGGAACAAAUUUUGACAGGUUCGCCUUGCAUUGCUCUUUGAUAGUAUGAUAUGAACAGUUGCACACCAGAUGUUUAGCUAAAUUUAGCGUCGUCUCUGGUUAUUUUUUGAAUUGGGUGGUAUUUUUAUGCAGAAUAUUCAAGUAAAUGAUAACCUCUUUUAUAAUGAUGGCAGUGAUAUUUGACAUCACUUCUAUUAUAUCCAGGGCACUUGAAAACAAUUUGGGAUA